AUGGUGGACAGGAACAGUCCGGAGGCUACCGAAGGACCGUAUCAUGGCAGAUACACGCGGGAUGUCCACAAUGCGGAGAUGCUGAUACCGCGUCGUGUGACAGAGGACGGCAGUUUCCUGACGUUCAACUUACCCAAUUUCUACGAUCGUCAGGAGCUUGAAGCUCGGAAAAAGCGGGCAGCCGAUCCAGAUGCCGCGGCUGAUGACCUGUCCGACCACAAGCUGCACUUGGUGCUUCCAUUCAACGGCGCCGAUCACCACGUCGAGUUGACUCCGCACCACGAGUUCAUGUCGCCGGAAUUGGUGAUGGAGACUCGAGGCGAAGGUGCUCGCACUAACCUCAACAAUGGCGUACGAUUCAGAAGAGCGGACGAUAUGCAGUGUCACUACAGGGGCCAUGUCAGAGGUCACAGGGAUUCCAGGGCAGCACUCUCUCUGUGCGAUGGUGUGGCCGGAUACUUGCAUACGGAUCAAGGGCGUUACUUUAUUGAACCAGUGAGCCAGGCGGUCCCUGACCGAGAAGGCCAGCACGUCCACAUGGUUUACCAACGGAAAGCGCCGCACGAAACCCUGCAUCAAACCGAGCGGAGCAAACGUAAUUGCGGAACUAGUGACGAUUGGGAAACAGCCUGGGCUGAGCAGUUGGAGAAAAAGAAUCGACGCGAUAGGCUUGCCGGUAAUGGAACGUUCGAAAAGAGGACCCCGUCAGCAGCUACCCACAGUAUCCACCGCUACGUUGAACUCACCAUAGUAUGCGACGAACGGUUUCUGAAGUACCACAAAAGCAUAGACUACGAGCAAUAUGUUCUGACAAUUCUAAACAUGGUGUCCGACUACUACCACGAUUCCAGCUCUGGGAACCAGUUGGACGUAGUUGUGGUCCGAAUUAUUUAUCUGGAGAAAGAAAAGGAAGAGAUAGAUCUAUCCAUUAGCCCAGAAGCUGAGAAGACCUUGGACAGUUUCGCCACUUGGGUUAAUAAGAUGAAUCCAAAGGACACAAAGCACCCCAAUCACCACGAUAUCGGCGUAUUAAUCACGAGAUACGAUAUUUGCGCAAGUGAUGAGGCAGCGUGCAAUCUCUUAGGUCUGGCUUACGUGUCAGCGGCUUGCGACCCUCCAAAAGCUGCGUGUAUCAAUGAAGAUGCUGGGCUCAUACUUGGCAUAACCGUUACACACGAAGUUGGACACAAUUUGGGAUGUUCCCACGAUACGGUUGAGAUUAGUGGAUGUCCACCGCAAGACACAUCUGAUAAAAGUUACUUCAUUAUGUCACCGAUAGUCGACGUUUUCACCUUAAGAUGGUCGCCAUGUAGUAGAAAAUUUCUCACAACCUUCGUAGAGACCUUAGGUGACUGCCUUCUGGACAAUCACAAGAAGCCCAACGCAAAAUACAAACUCCCUGGAAUGCUUCCCGGGGCUAUGUACGACGGGGAUUUUCAGUGCAGGUUGAUGCUGGAGGAUCCUGAAGCGAGUGUGUGUGAAAGAACUGAGUCAAUAUGCGAAAGUUUGUGGUGCAAAAAGAAUAGUAACGCCAAAUCAUGCAGCUCAAAGGGUGCCCCAGCAGAGGGUACUAAGUGUGGAGAGAACAAGUGGUGUAUCCAUAAGAAAUGCGUUGAGAUCGGCAAGCGACCCUCUGCUGUGCACGGAGGAUGGGGUAAGUGGAGCAAGACGAGCGAUUGCUCGAGGACAUGUGGUGGUGGCGUGAAAUAUAGUGAAAGAGACUGUGAUAAUCCGACCCCGAAGGAUGGUGGACGGUACUGCUUGGGAGAGAGGAAAAGGUUCAGUACGUGUAAUACGCAGCCUUGCGAUCCGAAGAAACCGUCCUUCAGAGCAGCGCAGUGCACAGAGUUCAAUACACAGAAGGUUAUGCCCGAUGGGCUUCAUACUUGGGUACCACAUCCGGGCCCUCCUGAAGCUCCGUGUGCCUUAUACUGUCUUAAUGAGAAAAAAACUUAUGUUAAACUUGCGCCAAUGGUUAAAGAUGGAACUCCCUGUGAGCCUGGAACGAAGAAUCUGUGUAUCGGUGGAAGCUGCGCAAAAGUUGGCUGUGACUGGGAGAUAUAUGGGGAUGCUCUCGAAGAUCAAUGUGGAAUCUGUAAAGGUGACGGUACUCAGUGCACUCCAGUUGAGGGUGAUUACACGGUGACCGGAAAGGGCGAUUACCAGAAGGUUGUGACAGUCCCAAAAGGAAGUCGGAAUAUAAGAUUUUUUGAAAAAGCUCCGGCAGACAACAGUUUGGCCAUCAAGCUAGAGAAAGGAAAUACAUACAUACUCAAUGGCGAUCACCGUGAGAAUAGAAAUGGAGAAUAUCCUUGUGCUGGCGACAUAGCGGUAUACAAACACCCUGAACCUAAAAAAGAAGAAGUCCUGAUCAAAGGCCCAAUCAAUGAUGAUAUUCAACUGCAAUAUGUCUUUUACAAUCCGAAAGUUAACCCCGGUGUUCACUACGUGUACUACGUGCUAAACGGAAAAUCUGGAGGGAAACCGCAAUAUCAGUGGGAUUUCUUGGACUGGGAGCCAUGUAGCGUGAAAUGCGGCGGCGGUACUCAGUUGGCGCAAGCAUCUUGCAUCGAGCAGCAGAGUGGACGAGUGUCCAAUUCAUUUUGCAAGGACAUCAAACGUCCAGAGCCCAAAUCCAGGACGUGCAACACUCAGUCCUGUAAAGCUAAAUGGCGCGUAAGCCAAUGGAGUCGAUGCAGCGCGUGCGGAGGGAAAAAAGGGCAACAGCGUCGAAAGGUGCAGUGUGUGAAGCCAGCAGCCCAUCCCGGGGGUGAAGAUGUUCAGGCUGAACUGACCGCUUGUAAAGGCAAAGUACCAAAGCAGUCACAGAGUUGCACAGGAAAUAGACCGUGCAAGAAAACGUGCAAGAAGACGCGAAGCAACGUGUUCGAGGAAGAAGGUGACGCGACCACUGGAAAACCGCAGUCGCUAGAAGAACAGCGAAACGCCAUCGACAAGCUGGUGGACAUGGGCAUGUCGCGGUAUCUGGAGAAGACCAAUGGCGAACGUUAUCGCGGCAAGUCAGAGAAGAGAAACGUCGCGGUUGACUUCAAGCAUCUGAUCGACGAUUGGGUCGCUCCGUCCAGUGACGCGGGUAUAGACGCUGGAAACAACUGUCCCGGAAAAGGAUCCGCACAAGCGAUUCUGGCAACGCCAAAACCUGGCAGCAUCGUUAAAGACAAUAUACCAUCCAGCAAUAUUGUCGUGCUGGAAGCGCCCAUCAUAAAUAAUCAACAAUCCUCGAAUAUGUCCGACCAAGCAUUCCAAGAGGAAGGAGACGAGGUUGGCUCAGAAAUAGACACCAGUCAUGAAACGGUAUUCAAGGGUUCUGAGGCAGCCAAGCGAUUGCAGAGCCCUGAGCAUCAUGAUGGUGCUGAAUCUAUGGGGUCUGCGACCAACUUACCGAGUGGAGGUUAAAUAUUUGGCAUUGCUGAAAAUUCGACGAACGCUUCGCUGUUGGCUGUUGCCAACUGUGUUACUGGAAAAUUUGUGAAAGAGGUAUACGAUUCCUGCUUUGUUUUCGACAUGCCAACGCUCGUUCACAAUUUUACCCUCCAUCCGUUUUGUUCCGACAUUAC